AUGACGCAGCUGCGCUUCGCCGCCCUUUGCCUGCUUGCCUUGGGACAUGCCGGCUUUGCCUUCGUCCUUCUGAUCAUCCUCCUGCUUCGGUUGUGGGAAGGCGAUGUGCUGGUCCAGUGCGGCUUUGGCGGUCGACCCUACGUGGACUUCAAGUGCAUAUGCGGAGGCACUCUGCCCUAUAUCUGCUGGAUCUCAGAGAGCUUCAAUGGUAUCUGGGCCGUGGGCGAGGGCAUGGAGCCACGAGUAAUGUGGCAGUCUUGGCUGUGGCUGUUUCUGUCCCUGGGCCCUGCUGCGGAGGGCCUUUUGUUGAUCCGAGCGAGGGAAUGCUGGCGUGACAUUUUUGUCGGCACGAUGAGCUGGGGUUACCUGCUGCUGGCCCUGCUGCCAGACACGUUGCCAAGCAGCUACCUCUGGCUCCACUCUGGGACAGCCUUGCUGGCGCUGGGAGCCGCCUUCAUCUUCCAGUUCAUCCUUCCCUGGCGCUGUCUAGGCGUGACGCUGGUGGCCUACAUCGGCGGCUACUUUUUGCUGAGCGAGUUUGUGAUACUACAGGGUGCCAGCCGCCACUUCACAUACGAUUGGACCUUUACUCCUGGAGUGCUCAUGGAGCCUGGGUCCCUUGUGAUGGUGAUUUUGGAAUGGACCUUGGCCUUUGGUGCAAUCACCGUUGUGAUCACGUACUGUAUUGACGAGGCCAAGAAGGCCUGCCGAGGGGGCGCGGCCUUCGACACCAAAGAAGGCGAUGCCGAGAUUGGUGUUCGCAUGGGAUGCGAAUUCAAUGCCUAG